CAGGCCGUUUCUACAACAGAGCAACCUAACAUUCCAAUUACCAUAAAAACAGUCUACUGCAACUGAUUCAAACUAGUAAAGAGAAUCAGCUACAGCAGCAUCAACAGCAUUAACAACACAGAAACCAGCCACUGAGUCAGUCACUCGUUGGUACAGUAGUAGCAUAUCUUAACUCAAAACACAAAGUAUCGUAGACGUCUGUAACAAACACAUUCACGAACCCACAAAUGAACCGCUUUUUCCUCAGCAUCGCCGCAGCCUCUCUGGCGCUCGUGUCGGCAGAUGUUAACUUCAAGGAAAUGCACGAGAGAAAGCUGGCCAUGGAGGAAGACCACAGAGGUGAGACUAUAUCAGGCAAUCCAUAGCGUGUGCCGUCUUGUCUAGCAACGUAACGUGGCUGUUUGUGCGUGCUGCGCUGCUCGCUCUUCGAACCCAUUGACUCCUCUCUUACCAUUAUUGCUUAUGGCCAAUACUGCUACUGCUCUUAACAUUACCAUCAACAGUGAUGGAAGAAUACCUCAGCACGAAAUCCGGCACGAAAUCCGGCACGAAAUCCGACACGAAAUCCGGUCGCCAACUGGAUGCGUCUUUCUUUCAAACGCCGUCGCCCAGCGCCUCUCCCUCGAAGGUUCCGACACAGACACCAUCCGCUUCUCCGACCACCAGUGAACCUUCCAAGCAACCCACCACGAGUCCGUCCGCGGAACCCAGCUCGAUACCAAGCAGGCUUUCCGAGGAAUACGGUGGCCUUCCGUGGCCCUCGGCGUCUCCAUCUAACUUCUACGAGCCUGCCCCCAAGUGUGGCACGAUUGAAACCAAGGACGGCAGCGAGCGUCUGCUUGGCCCCCUGCCCGAUGAAAACUACUAUUGCAACGGCGAUUCUUACGCAUGGUAUCGGAGAACGUUCACCCAUUACGACUACGAAUUUGAGCUGUCCCAGUAUUGCGAAUACAAGUUCAGUAGCCCAGAAACCGGUUCUUCAGUAAUCAUGCGGGACGUUAACCACUGGUUCGAGCAGGCCGCAACGAGUUUGAAGGGGUGGGACGAAGUCGGCUACAAGGCUUCUCCCGAGGAGUACGUUUUUUCUGGAUACGCUGUGCCGGAGUUUGACGACAUUGAAUAUGAGAGCGACAUCGCAGAUGCAGAGUGCCCCUUGAACUACUGCAUCAGAAUCACAGGCCCGUCGGUGGGGCUGAACACAAACGAAGAAUUAUCGGACGGCAGCGCCGAACCUUAUUUGCUAUACGCCUUUAGCAGCUGGGAAGGUUACUCUACUUUUGAAGGCUUUCUGUCGAGUACAAUGUAUAGCUGGAACGCUCAUCACAUCUUCAUGACGAACCACUACCUCAAGUGCUCAUGCCCAUCGUUCUGUAUCGAUGAAGAAUUCUAUGUUCAAGAUUUCAAACCGUUGGCCACCUGCUACGUCGAAGAUAUUUGCGGGGUGAAAACCUUCCAGAUUGCGUUCUCGGACGACUACCCCGAGACGCAGAGAGUUUCCUGGGAGAACACGGGAACCACCCAUGUGAUGGAGUGGUUCAGCGAGUGCGCCAACGUGAUGCACGGGUGCCCGCAACUAGCUUCCGAUUUUUCUCCGGCAAGGUUUAGUGGCGUGGGUCAUUUUAGUUCUAUCCGCGGUCCAGAUGUCUACACGUACGAUGAAUAUGAGUCAGCAACCAACGUGUAUGGCUUUGGGGGCUGGCGCGGUUUCGGUUGGGAUUAUUACAGCCAACCAGCUCUCUUGUGGGAGUGCCCUUCCCCGGAACAUCUUGAGAGACUAGUCGAAUUCGGAGACUUGAUCUCGGAUUAUUCGUUCUUUAGGCAUGACAGUAUAGACACCUCGGUACCAGAGACGUGUCCGGAGCCACCUUUGAUCGAGCCAGAGGAUCCCAUCGUUUUCGAUCCGGAAGGACCGCCGUGCACGGAAGUGGAGAACGAAGGGUUGUUUUGCUUUGAGCUCAAGCACGCGACUUGCUACAUCAGGGAUACGCACGAGUGCUCGGAGUUUGAGUUCGUCAUCGAAGGUGUCUUGGAUGGCGCGGAGGAUAUGUGGGUUACCACUGACGUCGAGGUUUGGGACUCGUGGUGCCAUUUUGAUGGCAUUGGCUGUGGUAUUCCGUCGUAUUGGGACGAACAACCGCCAUACACCUACGAGAACUCCCCGUGGGCUUUUGUCUCUUGGAGCGACUAUCAGCACCAAUGGUUGGAAUUUCAAUCCGGUUCGUCCGGUCGUCCAUCGGCUAUCGGAGGUGGAAAUUCUUAUAGAUUAUGGAACUGCGAUGAUGCAACACAAGCCUAUCUUGCUAGGGAUGUAAGUUUUCCACAGGCAUUUUUGAAUUGUCAGCCACAAACAACGAUUUCACUUUGCCUCUCACUCUCCUUCUCGUCGUUUCUUUUCUCGAUCCCAACAGUUUACAGAUGCAGUUGCUGCAAGUAGUUCCGGUGAUUUAUACCAAGUCCCGCCAUUGGAUUGUACGGAAAGCCCAACCGCAAGCCCAUCGAUGGGUCCUACAUCGAGUAUCCAACCAAGCAAUUCCCCCACAAUGUCACCAACUAUCUGUGGGGAGUCCUACCUGAAUAGCGAAAGCCUCAACAUCGACCUAGCCAUCGAUCUUUCCUAUUCGACCUAUUUGUAUUUGUUUUCUUCGGAGGUCGACAUCGGCGACGUGAACGGAGAUGGAAAGGCGAAUACUAUUUUGGAUGCGCAGGUUCAAGCCAUUGAAGAGUUGCUCGUCGCUAUCUUAGAGAGCGAAACGCUCGGCAACAGAAAUUGCGAAAUCAACCUUAUUUCAUUCCAUACGGAUGCCACAAACCAUGGUACCUUCCUCCCCCUUAGCGAAGACGAAAGCAGCAUCAACACGAGACUUAUGCAUUACAUCAAAACAGAGUUGCGUGCCCCAACUAGUGACUUGGAGGUACAACUAACCAACAAUGGCUUCACUAACUUCGAUGCUGCGUUGGAUCUUGCCGGUGACUACUUCGAAUAUGAAGCCACCCCCGAUCGUUUAAAUCUGCUCGUCUUCCUUUCCGAUGGGGAACCAAAUGUUCGUGGGGUAAGUACCGUUCAACUCUUACUUUGUGAAAGCAUGAGUCCUAGCCAAGUAUUCCGUCUAACUCAAUCAUUUGUGUCCUCUUUUUUUGGAAUUCAUCUUCUGCUAUCUAUCAUCCCACCACUCCGAUAGGACGGAGAUGAUGAAGGUUAUUGUGCCGACACUGCUGGUGUCUGGAAUUCAAACCCUACGAAUGGAUUUCCUGCCGAAGUUCAAUGUGCCGACUUAGAUUUGGAAGCUGGUGUACGUCACACUUUCUGCCGUGCAGAUGAUCCGGAAUGUGUGCCUAGAAAUCCGUACCAGGAAUGUGUCCGCGGAAUGACCAAGUGCAUCAACAGUCCUGCCGUAACGCAAUACGAAUCGGAGAUCAACAGGCUAACUGAGUUGAGAGUCGAACGAUUGGCGAUUGGUGUCGGCGAUGCCAGUAAUGUAGCGGAAGGAUCUGCCCUCUGGAUGAUCGAUAACAAUCCCGGAAAAGAUCUUGGUGUUCUGCCAAUCCAAGCCCUGGAUCUGGAGGCGUUGUCCAACGCCCUCAAGUCGCUCUGUAUCUUGAACACGGACCCGCCAACCGCGGAACCGAGCCAUCAGCCCUCUGAUCAGCCCACUAGUUCUACGGCUCCGAGUGUUAUCCCCACGGAUGUACCGUCUUCGGAACCUACCGAUGUCCCAUCCAGCAGUCCGACGGAAGAACCCGAAUUCACCAUCGAGACCCCAUCGCCAACGAAAUCGCCAACCCAAACUCCAACAAAAACACCUACAAAAACACCUACUGCUUCGCCAUCGCAAGAGCCUAGUACUUCGGAGCCAACCGGUUCCCCGACUGCGUUUCCCACACGCCUUCCGUCUGCAUCACCUACCAGCGAACCGACUACAGCCGAACCAUCUGCUGCACCAAGUCAGUAUCCGUCAGGAAGUUUUUAUCCGAGCUCUGCUCCAACGGAAUCCCCCACCGAGAGUCCAGCUCCAAGUCAAAGUCCUACCGACGCUCCAACCACUUCUCCCACCGUCUCCCCCACGGUAUCGCCAACUCUUUCUCCCACGGCAUCACCUACGAAGUCUCCGACGGCAUCACCAACUUCGUCGCCAACGAACAAGCCGACUGAGAUCCCCACAACCUCUCCAACCGACUCCCCGACCAGUAGCGUCGCUCCGACAUUCUUGUUGCCGGAGUGUUAUGACUACCCCAAGUUAGUCAAGAAGGACAGCAGCGAUACUGGCAUUUGCUUUUUCUCCGAGGAUAUGAUUUUUAUCGAGCAACAGAAUACCACCGAAGUUGGUCUUCGAAUCAACAAUGUAUGGUCCAAAACGCUACCUCAAGACGUCAUCCUUUUCUCUCACUCCAACGGUGUGAAUUCCGUCAGAGGCGGUAACGGAUUCGAGUGUGAUAGCGAAGAUGGUAAUGCCAUUGACCUGGCUGGUAGCGACGAAAUCAUGGUUCAGUGUCACUCAGAGGGAGACGGCGAACCCUAUCUUGCGGUGGUCGAUUUGAUGAUCAUCGACAGCAACAUUCCAGUGAACGAUGUGAAUCACCCCUGUAAUCCCAAUGAAGUGAUUCCGAACGCUUGUUCGUGGCGAAUGGUCAUUCCCUGUGAAGAGGACGUCAUGUGCACCCCUGAACCGACCGACAGCCCAUCGGUGUAUCCAACCUAUGUUCCAACCUUUGGCGAAUCAACUGAAAGUCCCACUACGCUAACAACCUUUCACAGUGAAAGUCCCACUACGGGAACAACCUUUCACGAAAAAACUGAAAGUCCCACUCACGAGCUCGAUCGGCAUACAAACGACGAUGAAUCGAACGACAUCGUAUACGAAUCUGAAUGCCCAGAAGACAUCGUCCUCUUGGAGCAAGAAGGAGUCACGGAAUUCCCCGAGGGUGGUCUCUACGUGGUUGGCCGGGAAGAUGGUACUGUGACCGUAAAGUUGACACAGACCUUCACGGAUGCCACCGUCGACUCCUUGUUUUACCAGUACCAAAUUGGCAGGUUUAGCAACAAGUGUUUCGAAGACAAAGACGUCCCCGUGACUGAUUCGGUCGACAUCACUAUCCUGUGUACCGAGCACAGCAAGAUUGCUUUGCUGGAGCUUUGGGUCGUCGAUGCCCUCGAGCACAACCUCCUGUCGGAGUCCGACAACUCCGUCGUCCCCGAGUGCUGCCACCCGACCCAUCCCGAGGGAACCCCGGCCACUAAGUAUUUGUUCGAAAUCAAGUGCCUCACGGUUUGUGCCGACGCCGUGGAAUAAAUGUAAAUGGGAUCGAGGCAGCACAAAGUUAUUAUUGUUACACGUAAAAGAAGAAAUCACGUUCCUCCUUGCAGCGGUUCCCGCAGCAAAGCACCGAACUAUUCUAAAACCAUAUUUAUGUCAAACGAAACCCCUCUGUAGUCUUAGCCAUACAUUAUAUUUU